UUGUUACUGGCUAGUUGGUUGGAUGAUAGAGCAGCUCUCUUACAUGAUUAUGAGAAAGUUAUUAUUUUGUUUACAAACUUUUAAUUCUUAAAAGUAAUAAAAAACAAAAAGUUUUUGUAAACUGAUAACAACAAUUUAUUUAAUGUUAAACGUUAUGAUAAAACAGUCAUUGGAUUUGAGAUAUUGAAUAUCAUUUUUUACAAUUUUGUGUGUAGAUUGUGUGUUUUGUUUAUUUUUUGACACCUUUAUUUGUUUUUAUAAUUUUCACAGAAUCUCAAAACAUCAAAAAAUGGAAUCAUAUUUAAUGGAUAUCCAACGUGUACGUAUACCACGACCAAAAUUUACAUCUGAGAAUGGUCGACGACCACACGAACCACCAAAAGAUUACCAUUUAGACGAUCAUGUGAAUGCAGCCAAUAAAAUUAAUACACGAGUAGGUGGUGUAUCGUCGCGUAAUGAUUUCAUUAAAACCGCGGAAACGUUACAACGGCUUACAAUACAUGAUAAUAUUUGAAUGGAUUUG